GUCGGUGUAUUUAUAUGGGGGAAGUGUUCGUUUCAUCCCAUUCGAAGAAAGAAAGACGUUUACAGCUUCCUCUAGUGUUUGCGCCUUCGAUUAAAAAACAAAAUGAGGGAAAUCGUGCAUCUUCAAGCCGGACAGUGCGGUAACCAGAUUGGAGCUAAGUUUUGGGAGGUUAUCAGUGAUGAACAUGGAAUUGAUCCCACUGGCUCUUACCAUGGUGACAGUGACCUGCAGUUAGACAGGAUCAAUGUCUAUUACAACGAGGCAUCAGGUGGCAAAUAUGUGCCCCGUGCUGUUUUGGUGGACUUGGAGCCUGGUACCAUGGACUCUGUGAGGUCUGGUCCCUUCGGUCAGGUCUUCAGACCAGACAAUUUUGUUUUUGGUCAGAGUGGUGCUGGAAACAACUGGGCUAAGGGCCAUUACACAGAGGGAGCUGAACUGGUGGACUCUGUCCUUGAUGUGGUACGCAAAGAGGCAGAAAGCUGUGACUGCCUGCAGGGCUUCCAGCUCACCCACUCUCUGGGUGGUGGUACCGGCUCCGGCAUGGGUACGCUGCUCAUCAGCAAGAUCCGUGAAGAGUACCCAGAUCGUAUCAUGAACACCUUUAGCGUCGUGCCUUCCCCUAAGGUGUCCGAUACCGUAGUCGAGCCUUACAAUGCAACACUGUCGGUCCACCAGCUGGUCGAAAACACAGACGAGACCUACUGCAUCGACAAUGAAGCGUUGUAUGACAUCUGCUUCCGCACCCUCAAACUCACCACGCCCUCAUACGGUGACCUCAACCAUCUCGUCUCUGCCACCAUGAGCGGCGUCACCACCUGCCUCAGGUUCCCCGGCCAGCUCAACGCAGAUCUCCGUAAACUGGCUGUAAACAUGGUGCCCUUCCCUCGUCUUCAUUUCUUCAUGCCCGGCUUUGCACCUCUCACCAGCAGGGGCAGCCAGCAGUACCGCUCCCUGACCGUACCGGAGCUCACGCAGCAGAUGUUCGACGCCAAGAACAUGAUGGCCGCCUGCGACCCACGUCACGGCCGCUACCUCACAGUCGCCGCCAUCUUCCGUGGCCGCAUGUCCAUGAAGGAGGUGGACGAGCAGAUGCUUAACGUUCAGAACAAGAACAGCAGCUACUUCGUCGAAUGGAUCCCCAACAAUGUGAAGACCGCCGUGUGCGACAUCCCACCCAGGGGACUCAAGAUGGCCGCCACCUUCAUCGGCAACAGCACGGCCAUCCAGGAGCUCUUCAAGCGCAUUUCCGAGCAGUUUACUGCUAUGUUCAGGCGCAAGGCUUUCCUCCAUUGGUACACAGGCGAAGGUAUGGAUGAGAUGGAGUUCACUGAGGCUGAGAGCAACAUGAAUGAUCUGGUGUCCGAAUACCAGCAGUACCAGGAGGCCACCGCAGAGGAGGAGGGCGAGUUUGAAGAGGAGGGUGAAGAAGAGCUGGCUUAAGUCUCUUAAUAUAUAUGUGUUUUCCAGGCUGUAUCAUUUUGCUGUCAUUCAAGAUAUAAAAAUCUUUCCAAAGCUCCAUGUUUGUUUUUUCUUUAAGUGACUUCACUUCUGUUUUGCCUCUUGUCUGUACAGAUGUCAAUAAAAGCCGUUUCUUUUGUUAAAGCA